AUGCCUUUAUUAUGGAGUAAUCCUUGGGCGAUCAGAUCUUGUUCCGAUUUAGCAAGGCGUCAUGAAUUACUUAUUAACGCUUACAUUUCUAAUUUACCUCAACAUUCAAAAGAUUCUUUAGCAAAUGUUCAAAUAAAUAUUAAGGCUGCUCAACGUACUUCCGCUUUUGAUUAUGCUAGUUUUUUGAAACAUUUGAAAUUAUCUUCUUUUGGUAGUUCCGUUAAAUUCUGGAUUGAUCGUUCCCUUAAAAAUGGUAUCAUUAAUCAUGACUCUCAGCAAAUGAUUCAUUAUCUUAUUGUUGAACAUGUAACAAAACUUUUACUCACAAGAUCAUCAAGUCUACGUAGCUUAGAUCUAAGAUAUUGUGAUGAUGAAAUGCUUGAUUGUCUGGAAAUUCUGGCUAGUGUUCUUGAAAACACUACCGAAGCCCUUGAUUGUCUUAUAUAUCUUAAAGAUUUCAAGUAUAGUGGAAGUAAUCAAGUAAUGCCUAGAAUUUUUGCUUCUCUUACCUCAAAAUGUCAAAAUAUAAAGCAAUUGGGUAUUUAUGGUUAUCGUCCAACUGAUAAUUUCGCUAAUUUUAUCGACGUUCAAAAAUCUUUAAAUGAUGCUACUAUAUCUUAUGAACAACUGGACUCUUUCUCCGAUUGGACUACUAAAUCAAUAAUUCGUUUAUCCGUUGAAAAUAUUUGUUUCCCUCUGGACUUUUUAGUGAACUUUGCUAAUUUAGAGGAAUUAUAUUUAAGAUCUUUUGAUCAUGUUUUUUCUAGAGAGGGUUGGGAACCAUUGGCUCGUUUACCACUUAAACGUUUAAAAACUUUUUAUUUUCAAACUCAUUUAUGUCAACCUCUCGAAUUUUUGGAUUUAUUUGCUCAGUUUGUAGGAAAUACUGCUGGUGAACUUCGACAUAUUACCUUUUUAACUGGUUUAUUAAAUUUGGUCCUUUUGGAUACAAGACAAUUUAUUACUUCCAUUGCUACAAAUUGUCCAAAUCUUGAGGUCUUUGAGGGUCCUAUGAUGGAAAAUGACGUUGAUCAAUUAGGUUUAUUACUUGACAAAUGUACCAAUUUGAGAUCUUUACAUAUAUAUUUAAUGGGUAUAUCUGAUUAUCGUCCAACUUUUGAUUUCUUGUUGACUCGAUUGUCAACUAGUUUAACUCCUAAUUUGGAAAUUUUGAAAAUUAAUGGUAAAUGUUUGGUAUACGAAGAAACUGUAAAUUUAUUUUUUAAUAGAAGGAGGAAUUCGGGGAAAAAGAUUAGUUUUCAUUGGGAUCAAUUUGUCGAAUGUGUUGGUAACGUUAAAGAGGUUUGUAAAACUUAUCAAGAGUUGGGUGUCGUUAAAGAUUAUGGUUAUAUUUCGAAUUUGCAUAGUAGAUAA